UUGUAGGCUACUAUCAAAGCGCUGCUGCCUUUUUUGCUUUCACUUUCACCUCGGAUCUCUUAAUCUUUUGUGCAGUUUUAUAAAGAAUUAGCACAAGUAUUUUUGGCAAACUUAUUUUUUUGUGUGAUCAAGAAUGCAGUGCAAUCGAUAUUUUUAGUAACUCGGCGUUCACGAUUCAAGGAAUUUGUGUUCAGCCUACACAGAAUAUAGGUACUUUCCCAGAAGUGAUACUUUAGUAGUGCGUCAUAUGUCCUUUGCGAAAUCACACGCGUAAUAGUGUACUUCUUACUUUAGUUUAUUUCUCGUUGCCAUUGCACGCAGUAAGCACAGUUCAUGGCUUUCUCGGACCAUAUUCAGCUUCAGGCUAUUAACCAGACAGCGGAGGCGCUCAGCAGCUCUGAGCGUAGGAGGCUGUUUUACCUGUGUGAUGUCCUGGACACGGACAAUAGUGUGGCUUGUAUGAAGGAGAUGCUGAAAUCUAAAGUGAUGUCCAAUGAGAGGGGAUUCCUGUUGGUCCUGGCGCUGAUGUCGCAAUUGAGACGUUUUGAUAUCCUGAAAAAUGUGUAUAAAACCAGCAGGGAGGAGGUGGAGGUGUCUUUGAAACAUGUGCAGGUCCUGCCAAAAUUCAGAGUAUUGAUGGCUACUAUUAAUGAGGACAUGGCCGCUGAAGAUCUGUCCAAUGUGAAAUUCUUGUUAAGCAGCACGAUACCACGUGAGAACAUGGAAAAAGCAACGAAUUUCCUGGACGUGAUCAUUGAACUUGAGAAGCUGGAUAUAGUUUCACCAGAAAGAGUUGACUCUGUAGAGAAAUGUUUAAGAGACAUUGGCAGGGUCGACCUUGCCAAAAAAGUGUCUGCAUACAAGAUGUCAGUUGUGACAACUGAGGAAAACUCCUACCAGCAGCCACAGCAAAGGCCCAGAGCACCUUAUCGAUUCCCUGCUCCAAUUAGUUCUGUGCAGCAAACAAGACCACGAGAGCCCCUCCACGUUGGCUCAGGAAGCAUACCAGUGCCCAUAUACAGAGAGCAGAACAGCCAGAGUCAUCUAGAUUUGUACAAAUUCAACACAAAUCCCAGAGGACUUUGUGUUAUCAUAGACUGCGUGGGUAAUGACGGAGAUAUGUUGGAACAGACAUUUAGGGCUCUUCACUUCAAAGUGACCCUCUACAAAUGGCUGAGUGUGGCUGACACGCUUACUGCUCUCAGAGGGAUACUCAGACCGAACUUCGAAGGCGAUGGCUUUGUGUGCUGCAUCAUCAGCCGUGGUACUUCGAAAAAUCUCAUGGGUACAGACACAUACGGCACAGGUCUACUUCUGGAGAGUGUCAGAUGUCUUUUCACUGCUGAUUCGUGUCCCAUGCUGGCUGGCAAGCCCAAACUGUUCUUCAUCCAGAGGUACAGCGUCCCAGAGUUUGUGCCACUUGUCAGGAUGCAGCACCGAGAUGAGGAUCUGGAGACGGAUGGGCAUGAUCGGCCAGCCAGAUGUGAAAUCAUCCCGACAGGUGCAGAUGUGUUCUGGAGUCACUGCUGGACGGACGAGUCUGAACUGGAGCAAGGACAACAUCGCUCCAUUUACCUGAAGGCUCUGACAGACGCCUUACACAAAGCUCAAAGCAGGAAAACACAUCUGGUUGAUGUUCAUACCGAGGUGAAUGGCGCCAUCUUUGAACAUAACUCAAGGAAUCCUGGAGCAAACUACCACAUCGAUCUAAAUUAUACUUUAAGGAAAGAUCUUUACUUACAAUAGAUGAUGCAUCAUGCUCACUUUCACUAAACACUAAACACUGUCUGCCACAAGUAGAUCUAGCAUAUUCCUUGCCAGGGAAGAACCUUAUUUGUAUUACUUUUGACUGUGUAUAGAGUGACACCUACUGGUUGUAGGAAGUAGUUUGUUUUUCUAUUAAAUUUGUUUUUAGAUUUAUAUAUUUUAUAGUUUCAUAACAUACAUGCUAAUGUACUCACAAUACAUAUUUAUAUGUUUUAUUACUGUAUAUGUAAUCAUAUUUAACUUAUUUAGUUUUCUUGAAGCAGCUAAAACCAAAUUGUAGUUUCUUAUCAUAUUGUAUUAUUGUUACUUUUUUAAGGCUCCGGAGUAAUGUGAAAAUACAGUCUAUAGUUAAAUGAAGUUAACGCUAUCUAUCUAUUUGUGUUCCAUUAAUUCCUUUUCUAGGUUAACUCUGGUCUACUCACAUAAUUUCCUAUGUUAGUGUACUUUAAUGAAGAGAGUACAGUACAUAAACAACAAAAUAUAGAUUGAAACUAUUCGUACCUCAAAUAGUGUAUCUCAGUUAAAUGCAUUACCUUCAAUUUGUUUUUAUAUGUAAGAUUUUGCUUAUUUGUCACCAAAGGAUCUACAUAAGGUCUGGAUUUAUUUUAUACCAAUGUUUAAGUUUGCAACAAUAUUAUUAAAAAAUAUAAUUAAAAAAAA